AUGGCGGAGUUCCGUGCGCUCGGGCUGGCGCCGUGGCUGGUGGAGCAGGCCCGGCAGGUGGGGCUGCUCCGGCCCACGCCCGUGCAGGCCGCCUGCAUCCCGCCCGUGCUGCAGGGCCGGGACUGCCUGGGCUGUGCCCAGACGGGCAGCGGGAAGACGGCGGCGUUCGUGCUGCCGGUGCUGCACGUGCUGGCCCAGGACCCCUACGGCAUCUUCUGCCUCGUGCUCACCCCCACCCGGGAGCUGGCGUACCAGAUCGCAGAGCAGUUCCGGGUGCUGGGCAAACCCCUGGGCCUCAAGGACUGCGUGGUGGUGGGGGGGCUCGACAUGGUGUCGCAGGCCCUGGCCCUGUCUCGCAGGCCCCACGUGGUGGUGGCCACCCCCGGCCGUCUCGCUGAUCACCUGCGCAGCUCCAGCACCUUCAGCCUCAGCAAGGUCCAGUUCCUGGUUCUGGACGAGGCUGACCGCCUGCUGGAGCAGGGCAGCGCCGAUUUCAGCGCGGACCUGGAGCUGAUCCUGGGGGCUGUGCCCGCCCGCCGGCAGACGCUGCUGUUCAGUGCCACCCUGACCAGCACCCUGUGCCAGCUGCGGGCCCUGGCUGCCAACAGCCCCUUCUGCUGGGAGGCCACGGCCCCGGUGAGGACGGUGGAGGGGCUGGAGCAGAGGUACCUGCUGGUGCCUGAGGCCCUCAAGGACGCCUACCUGGUGCACCUGGUGCAGAGCUUCCAGGACCAGCACGAGGACUGGGCCAUCAUCAUCUUCACCAAGACCUGCAAGGACUGCCAGGUGCUGAACAUGAUGCUGAGGAAGUUCAGCUUCCCCUCUGUGGCUCUGCACUCCAUGAUGAAGCAGAAACAGAGAUUUGCAGCUCUGGCCAAGUUCAAGUCCAGCAUCUUCAAGAUCCUCAUUGCCACAGAUGUGGCUGCCAGAGGCUUGGACAUCCCAGCAGUGCAGGUGGUGAUCAACCACAACACCCCAGGGCUGCCCAAGAUCUACAUCCACCGCGUGGGACGGACGGCACGGGCAGGGAGGAAGGGCAUGGCCAUCACCCUGGUGACACAGUAUGACAUCCACCUGGUGCACGCCAUCGAGGAGGAGAUCAAGCUGCAGCUGCCGGAGUUCUCAGUGCAGGAGCAGCUGGUGCUGGACAUCCUGACCCAAGUGAACGUCACCAGGCGGGAGUGUGAGAUCGAGCUGGAGGGGAUGGACUUUGAUGAGAAGAAGGAAAUCAAUAAAAGGAAACAGAUGAUCCUGGAGGGGAAGGACCCCGAGCAGGAGGCGCGCAGGAGGGCGGAGCUGUCGCGGAUCAGGAGCAGGAACAGGGAGUGCCGGGAGCAGCUGCAGCAGAGGCUGCACAGGAGGCGGCAGCUGCAGCUCCGCAGGAAACUGCACAGGAGGAUGGAGAGGAGGAGGAGGAAGAUGGACAAGGACAAGGACGAGGACGAGGACAAGGAGAAGGAGGAGCAGUGACAUGGCUGGGCCUGGCCUGGAGUGCCCUGGAAUUGCUGCUGCUUUGGGAAAAUUGGGAUUGAACUCUUGAAUGUGGGGAAAAAAAUCAGUGCUGGGGAGGAGGGAAGAACCCCAGAACCCUUGGGAUUGGGGUUGGGAUUGGGAUUGGGAGGAGCUCAGGGCUCAUCCGCUCCCAGCCUUGGACAUUCCAGAGAUCCAGGGGCAGCCUCAGCUCCUCUGGGAAUUCCAGCCCAUCCCAGCCAGGAAUUCCUGCCCAAAUCCCAUCCAGAUUCCCCUUUCCAGCUUAAAUCCAUUCCCUGUGCCCUGGAAUUCCCAGAUCCCAGAUCCGUUCCCUGUGCCCUGGAAUUCCCAAAUCCCAGAUCCAUUCCCUGGCUCCUGUCCCUCCGUCCCUCAUCCCAAAUCCUCUCCAGCUCCUUUGGAGCCCCUUGCACCUCUGGAAGCAGCUCCAGGUUUCCCUUGGAUCCCUUUUGUGUUCAGCUUUGCCUUCUGUGCUCAGGGGGAAUCUCCAAGAGCUUUUCCUUGCUCAUCCCACCCUCCUCUGUGAUGAAUUUCUCCCAUUAUUAACGCUCUGGCUGCCUUGUGAAUAAUUGAAAUCCUCAUUUGUGAGGCCUCAGCCAGGAGGAUGCUGGGAUGGAGCUGCUGCCAGACACAAAAAUAAUGCACAGAAAUGCACCAAAUGCUGCUGCCAGGCACACAAAUGCAGCUUUGUCACCUUUGCAGCACAAGGUUUUCCCCUUUGGAAGCACAAAAAUAAGGAAUUAAUCAGGGCUGCAGAGGGCCCAGAGGAGAGGUGUUGGUGCCCCUGCUCUGAAACAACCAGAAAUUAAAUAAAAUCCUCUGGAAAUGGCUGGGAUUGGAAGCAAAAUGCUCUGGAGCAGCCCAGGGCAGUGAGGGAAGGGCUGGGGAUGAAUGGGAGGAGGGAGGGAAGCACCUCCCUGCCCCAUCCAUCACAGCCUGGACAAAGCUUUUGUCAUUCCCAGUGCUGAGCACGGCCCUGGGCUGCUCCAAAAGGAUUUCCAGAAGGUUCUGGCAAGGAUGAGAGGGGACACUGGGCAUGGCCUGGGGGAGCACAGGGCUGGCACUGCCCAGGGACGGCCCCAAAGCUGCUGAGGAAAAUGUUCUUGGGAUUUUGGGUCAGUUUUGUGGGAUUUUGUGCCAAUUUUGUGUCAAUUUUGUGCACUUUUGUGUCAAUUUUGUGUGGUUUUCCUGUCAGUUUGCAACGGAAUCAGCAAAUGCUGGUUGGAUCUGCUGUGUCCAAAACAGACACAAGGAAAGGUUUUGAAACUUUCUGACCAAAAAGCCAAAUAAAGCAUUGAAAUAAAAGAAAUAAA